AGCAAAGGUUGUCCUAUUCGGAUUUUGCUUCUUACUUUGAAUAUUCCUGAGGUUGAGCACUGAUAUCUGUCUUUUUUUUUAAUGGUGAAAGUUAUGGAGAAUCUAGAUUUCUAUUGCAUAAUCAUGGCUGCUUACUUGAUUACAUUGUCGCUGGGAAUGCUGUCCGUUGAUAAGAAUGUGUACAUCUGCUUGUUGCAUUAGUAAUAUAGUUUCACUCAGCAGCUUUUCCUCUGAUAAUUUCCAGAUUGGAGACGUCAAUAAGGAUAUAUACUAUCGAGAUAAAAAUGGAUUUUCCAACAAUGACUAUCUCACACUUGGAGUCGAUCAACUUCCUUUGUUCGGUGGCCGUACUGCUGUCCAAUGCUAUGAGGACUUUAUGCUCAGUUUUUCUACAAAAUUUGAAGCGUAUAUUGGGAAUGUGAUUGAAGAAAUAAGUGUAGGUCUUGGUCCAUCGGGAGAGCUUAGAUAUCCUGCACAUCCUUCUGGAGAUGGGAGAUGGAAAUUCCCUGGAAUUGGUGAAUUCCAAUGUCAUGACAAGUACAUGAUGGAAGAUUUGAUGGCAGUGGCAUCCCAAGAAGGCAAACCUCAAUGGGGAGGCAGAGAUCCUCCAGAUACUGGCUGCUAUAACAGCUUUCCCUCUGGUGUUCCCUUUUUUGAGGAGGGCAAUGAUAGCUUUCUCUCUGACUAUGGUCGUUUCUUUCUAGAAUGGUACAGCGGGAAGUUAAUUUGUCAUGCUGAUGCUAUUCUUGCAAAGGCAGCCGAUGUUUUGCGGAGACGUCAGGAAGAAGAGAAAAGCUCUGUAAUGCUGGUUGCAAAAAUUGGUGGAAUCUAUUGGUGGUAUAAGACAUCUUCACAUCCUGCUGAACUAACUGCAGGUUAUUACAAUACCGCCCUCAGGGAUGGUUAUGACCCUGUAGCUUCUGUCUUGUCUCGCCAUGGUGCUGCUCUGCAUAUCCCCUGUUUAGAUAUGGCAGACAGUGAAACACCUGAGAAAUAUCUUUGCAGCCCUGAAGGAUUGCGUAGACAGAUAUACGAUGUUUCGAAGAAGUGGACACUACAUGUGACUGGCAGAAACACAAGCGAAAGAUUUGAUAAGAUGGGACUAAGGCAAAUACGAGAGAACUGUGUGCAACCGAAUGGCGACACUCUAAGAUCGUUUACAUUUUGCAGAAUGACUGAGAAGAUCUUUAGGGUCGAGAACUGGAACAACUUUGUCCCUUUCAUUAGACAGAUGAGUGCAGAUAUGUAAAAACAGUCACCACUGUUGUGUUACAGAAUUGAUCUUUCCUCACCAUAUUGCUUUUUCAGAUAUGUGAUGAGGAGAACUAAUCAAAUCAGGAAUUGUUAUAUGA